AUGAGCAUGGAACUUGCUGGCGUAUCAGGACCGGCGCCAGUCAAGAUAAACAAAUUGCUUCUUCGAAUAACGGCCAUGGCGUCUGGUCGGGCCUUUGUUGGCCCUAAGCUCUGGCUUAAAGAGGAAUACAUCGAUAAUGCCAUCAACUUCACCACGGAUUUCAUGAUGGCGGUUGCUAGUGUGGCCUUCCUGCCGGUGUGGUUACGGCCUAUCCUCAGUCCAAUCAUGCCAUUGGUCAGGGCGCUACAUCGGCGCAUUCAAAGUGAAAAGAAGCUAAUGUAUCCAGUGGUCCUUUCCCGGAGAGAGCUUGGUGCGACAGUGGGAUCGUCGAUGAAGCCUGACGACUUGCUGGAAUGGCUCAUCGACAACACAGCCGGAGCCGGCGACGAGGACGAUAUGAGCAUUAUACACAAACAAAUGGUCACGUCAUUCGCCGCGGUUCAUACAUCUUCACAGACAAUGACCAAUAUGUUUUAUACUCUUGCGGCAGAGCCUCACGUUGCAGCCAUGCUCCUGGAAGAGGUACGAGAGGUACUUGGGAAGCACGAGGGCAAGUUUACUCUCCAGUCACUGCAAGAAUUGAAGAAGAUGGAUAGUUUUGCCGAGGAGACUGUGCGAUAUUGCCCCUUGAUGGCGGCCUCGGUUCAACGCAAAGUUCUCAAACCUUUUGCUCUGUCCAACGGCCAAGUCGUCCCGGCUGGCGUUAUUAUCGAGUGUGCAAACAAGGCCAUUUGCGACGACCCUGCCAUAUACGACAAGCCCGAAGUCUUUGAUGCUCUUCGGUUUUACAAGACGCGCAAAACAAAGGAUACAAUGAGUGAAAAUAAAAAGUCUAUUUUCAUGCUCGGCGCGUCUGAGAGCCAAUUUGUUAGCACAGGACCCCUAAGCCUGUGGUGGGGAUACGGCAAGCAUGCCUGCCCUGGUCGUUUCUUCGCCUCAAGCAUGAUCAAAAUGGUUACUGCAAAGACAUUGAUGCAGUAUGAGUUGGGACUGCCUGACGGUGUUACAAAACGUUGUGAGAAUAUUGUCUAUGGCGACAUUAUUAUGCCAGACGUGGAAAAGACUAUUGUACUCAGGAAAAGAUCAGAUGGUGGAUUUUAG